CUCUCUCUCUCUCUCUCUCUCUCUCUCUCCUUGUGUUGAAUGCUGAUUUAGUCCCGUAGUUUGCUCAUUCCUCAGCUUAAAACACCAAAAAACGAAUUACACAUUCUUACAAAUGGAUAAGACCCUCUUAAUCCACUCCAUAAUUCAAGGAAUCGUCCUCACAUGCCCAAUCUUUCUCUGAUAACACAGAGAGAGAGAGAGAGAAAACACCUUGAUCACCACUAACUCAGUAUCAUCAUCAGCUUAAUCCCCUCUUAGAAAAGUCAAACUUAGACUGAUUAAGAGACUCACAUAUUCCCAAAACCUACAUCUCCUCUCCCGAAUGUUUUCCUCUCACUUUUCUUACUUUUUCCCUCUUAAACCACACUCUUUCAUUCACUACCAAUUCCUCUGCUAGCUUCUUCAACUUUUAAUUCAUUACUUGUAUUCCUGAAGUAAAUUAAUUUGUUACAUAUCGCCAUUUAGAUGUCCAUGGAAUACUACAACACAAGAGAAUUACAAGGCAAACAAUCCAAUGAUCCUUAUUUCAUUGACAAAAUGAGCAAGUCCUCUUCGUCCCUGUCGUCUUCGUCCUUGUCAGCAUCAUCACCAUCACCAUCGCCAUCAUCUAGAGAUUCUAGACUCGUAGUGUGUGUUCCAGGGCCGGUCAUCGUAGGUGCAGGUCCAUCAGGGCUUGCAGCAGCCGCAUGUCUGAAGUUAAAAGGUGUACCAAGUGUGAUCCUGGAGAGAUCCCAUUGCAUAGCCUCCUUAUGGAAGCUUAAGACCUACAACCGCCUUCGCCUUCACUUGCCGAAGCAAUUUUGUGAGCUACCCUUCAUGCCUUUCCCUAAUGAUUUCCCAACUUACCCUAUAAAGCAACAAUUCAUUCAAUACCUUGAAGAUUAUGCUACCAAGUAUGACAUUAGGCCACAGUUCAAUGUGACCGUGGCCAGUGCCGAGUUUGAUCCCACGCUCGGGUUUUGGCGUGUGCGGACAACGGGAGUGAAGGGUGAUGAUGAGACGGAGUAUGUGUGCCGGUGGUUGAUUGCCGCCACUGGUGAGAAUGCAGAGGCGGUGGUGCCGAAGCUUGAGGGAAUGACUGAGUUUAAAGGCCCUAUAAGGCAUACAAGUUCGUACAAGAGUGGUGAGGAGUUUAGAGGGAAGAAAGUUUUGGUUGUUGGUUGUGGAAAUUCAGGCAUGGAGGUGUGCUUGGAUCUAUGUAAUCAUAAUGCUAGGCCUUCUCUUGUGGUCAGAGACACGGUUCAUGUCUUACCAAGAGAGAUGCUUGGAAAGUCAACUUUUGGGCUGUCCGUGUGGUUGCUCAAGUGGCUGCCCAUUCGACUUGUGGAUCGGUUCUUGCUGGUUGUGUCUCGUCUGCUUCUCGGCAACACCUCUCAACUCGGAUUAGACCGGCCGAAAUUGGGUCCCUUGGAGCUCAAGAACUUGUCUGGAAAGACACCUGUCUUAGACGUUGGUACACUGGCAAAGAUCAAAAGUGGAGACAUACAGGUAUGUCCAGCCAUCAAAAGGUUAAAACCUCACGCUAUAGAAUUUAUUGAUGGACGAACCGAGAAAUUUGAUGCCAUUAUAUUAGCAACAGGUUACAGAAGCAAUGUACCCAUUUGGCUAAAGGAGGGUGAUAUGUUUUCAAAAGAAGAUGGGUUACCUAGAAGGCCAUUUCCAAAUGGUUGGAAAGGUGAAUGUGGCUUAUAUGCAGUGGGGUUUACCAAACGUGGACUACUUGGUACCUCAAUGGAUGCCAAAAGAAUUGCUGAAGAUAUUGGACGGUGUUGGAAAGCUGAGGCAAAGCAUUGUAGUACUCCCUUUAACGCCUAACUUUUCCCAUUAUCAUCAUCAUCAUCAUCAUCAUCACACUGUGACGAUUUUGAUUUGAUGAGCUAAUAACAUCGAGAAGGCAGCUGGGAGACAAAGCAAGAGAGAGAGAGAUUUCGGUUGGCCUGGAAAAAUUUUACCCAAGGAUCACCUCUUCGACUGUUUUUGGUGGUUGGUGCCAUGUGCAGAAAAAGAAAGUAGUGAUUUCUGCUCACUCCCUCCUAAUUCCAGUCCUUGAUUUUAUUUGCUUUGUUCAGUUUAAUGGCUAAAAAUUAGAAAAGUAUGCAUGAAGUGAAAACAGUGCGUCGAAAUCAUUUCCGUAAAAAAAAAAUCAAAAAAAAAAAGGAUGUUACUACCAAGAAAAGGUUGAAAGGGAGAGAAUUAGGUCCAUGAUUCCUUUAUUUUUGAAACUGACAGAAGCUAGCUGCAGAGCAUUGGGAAAGAGGAAUUCUGAGAGAGAAGCAUGUACACUUCUACAUUAUCAUUAUUAUUGAUCUCUAAUUAGGUAUGACUUUUUAUAGAGGCAGAGAGAUCAACGAGAGAGAUUAAGGGGUAUUAAUUUUCAUCAAUGUAUGCAUAUGAUUGUGGUUUUUUUUGCCUGUAUUUCCAAUGGGGUUGGGAUGAGAGAAUUGAGAGAGUAGUAUUAACAUUGAUGUAGCUAGGGUUUUGUGUGUAUGGUUAUUCUUUCUCUUUACCUAGCUAGGGUUUUGUAUUUCUUUCUUCUUUUUGGAUUUAUUUUGGAGGGGUGUAGUGUGUUCAGACAACUUCAAUGGGAAAUUUGACUUGAUCCACUGAUAAAUAAUGAAAAUCAUUUCAACUGA